UAGAAGCUGGUGAAAAACAUAGUAAUGUUUUUUUGCAGCUCCAGACAAAAAGCCUAGUGCUAUAUGUUUAGGUUUUCUGAUAAUGGAGACAAUAAGCCUGGAUAAAUCAGCUUUGAAAGCCGUGGAUGACUACUGGGAGUACAAAAGGAUUGUGGGUGACGAUGACGGUGGAGAGCUGUUCACUCCAGAGCAAUAUGAAGCGUACAAAAGGAACGUGCUGCCUCAGCGAGUGAAGAACAGGUUGUAUGUGAGCUUUGGAGUCCCAGGGGAGAUUGACUGCAAAGUUGUUGGUCCCGAGACACAGUGCUUCUGUACACAUAGGUACAAGCAGCAUAAGACAGAGUGGGAGGUGGUUCCGACCGAGCGACCCCUGGCUCUGCCAUGUCAGGUCGGGGGUUGUCGCUGUUCUGCCUACCAGUAUGUUCCUCGACUCGGGCCAAACCCCGUACGCUGCAGGUGUAAACACUUACCUCAGGAUCACAGUGAAGCUGCUGGCCACCCGUGUGAGAUGUGCAGUUCCUGUUCUGGGUUCAAGACUCCCUUCACCUGUGGGUGUGGUCAGCCCAGUUCUGCCCACCAGACCUUGGUUGAGACAAAACUAGAGAGGGAGGCGAGGGGUCGACCCGUAGGCAGGGAUGUCCCUUAUGCCGCUAUGGGAGGACUGACAGGUUUCAGCUCCUUGUUGGAUGGUUACCUAGCUCUGGAUGUCAGUGGAUCAGAUCAAGGCGGAGAUGACGGCUGCCAGCGGAGACGCUCAGCACCGAUGAACAGCCGUGCGUCUGCUAAGGCAUCCAGCUCUGUUCUCUGUACGAGAGGAAACAACAAACAAUGAAACAAUGUCCAUUAUAUGUUGAGACUGAGCAAAUAAAUCGUAACAUAUCACCUGAUAUUUAAUCUUCCUCCGUGACACUAUCUUGGCUUGUUUCAUGGGCAAUUGUUUUUGUUUUCAGGUGGAGCAUACGUCUUUGUCAGUGUGGUCUAAUCGACUGUCGGCAGCAGCAGUGAUUAUGCCCCACUGUACAACUAAACAAUUAACUCACAAAAAAAAAAGGUUCAGAAGUUUGAGUGUGGUCGAGGGAGGCAGGAGGGGUUAUGACAGUUUUUUGUGAACUUUUGAGAACACCAAAACAUUCACUUGUCACAUUUUGAAGUAGAGCUCUAAAAUCCAAAUAGGGUGAGAAUGAGGCCUUUUAAACAGGAUAAAAUAAAGGAUUAUGUUUUCUUAUUAGGUAUACUAGGAAAACAAAUGUAUUCUAAAAUAACAGUACUUAGCUCCAUGAAGGUUAUGCUAUACAUAAUGUUUUUUAUAGAGCUGUUGAUUUGAAUUCUCAUUUGUGGGGCUGUGGUUUGUAGUACUAUUAUACUGUGUGUGUGUACUGAUACAUGUUUCUAUUAUUAUUGACAAUCCCAUUUUAGUUCCAACAUAAACUAAAUAUUAUAACUGACCUGUCUUUACUUUUAUU